CAACUUCCGUUUGUCGAGCUAGCCAUUCGGCUCGCGGCGGAGGACUUUGAUACAUGUUGUCACCGACUACACAGAGAGGUGCAUUAAGUUACCCAAAUGUACGGUUGUUGAGAGAAGCGGAAAAAUAAACUAAUUUCUGCGAGAAUGACAGACUUGGGGAUUUCACUGGCACUAUUGGCCACAACAGUACUUCUCUGCGAGGCGACGCGCAUACUGAUCUCGCGCCUCUUCUCUGGCAAGGAUUAUGCGAUUUACCUCGUGGAAAUUGUCUCGACCUACCAGCUCUGUGCAUGUACGCACGAACUCAAAGUCCUGGGCGAAGUUGGCAGAAUCGAACCGCAUAUAGCACUCACACUGACUUUCAUAAUCACGGUGGUCCACGUAAUAACUUUUCACGGGGCGUUCGCCAACCCAAAUGGUGCUAUCGAGAACGUUUACCGCAAGAAUAUCACAGGGAAAACUGCGGUGGCGCGCAUAACUUGUAUGUUUAUAGGUGGGAAAGCAGCGCAGCUCCUUGUGCCCCACAUUUGGUCCUUGGGUCUAUCCGACCACCACCUCACGCACAAAAGGUUCGGAUUUAAAUGCUUCAGUCCCAUCAAUGGGUCCCUGUUGGAGGCCGCUGGUGUGGAGCUGGCUUGCACUUUCGCUGUCCAAGCCGCAGUCCUCCACAUUCACAAACUAGACGAGAGAUUCCACGCCCCUGUCAUCGCUGCUGUCAUUACGUCACUGGUUUACUCAGGGGGUCAUAUUUCAGGGGCUGUUUUCAACCCAAUCAUGGCCUUCUCCGUCCAGUUCCCCUGCAGUGGACACACCUUCCUGGAAUAUGCUUUUGUCUACUGGCUAGGACCAGUCACAGGCAUGGCAAUGUGCAUCCUGCUCUUUGACAAAAUCAUCCCACUCCUAUCUGGGAAAAGCACAAUGGGCGUGGGCAUCCCGGUUGUCCAGAAGAAGAAGAUACAGUAACACAUGAGAUUAUGGUUUUAGCCCUCUGAGUAGGCGCCUUUAUAUAUGAUGGUGCCAGGGCGGCCAUUAGUAUUUGAUUAUUAGGGUCACCUUAACAUGACUAGGUCUAAGGGUGUUCACACAUACUAAGUCUUAACUUUGUGGUCACUGAUCACAGCACAAGUUCAAUUUAUGCUGCCCUAAAAAAAGGGCCAUAAUAUCAGCUGUUGAUCAGUAAAACAUUUUUACUUAAAUUGAAGAUUUGAUGAAAAAUGUGCUGAGAAAAGGCUCCCUGGACUUUGUCAUUAUGCAAUAUUUUAGUUAUUAGUGCAGGGUUACCUCUAAUGGCAUAACAUGUUCCUGUAUGAACCUAUCCAAAACUGUCAUGACCUCAUGAAUUGAAAUUAACCUUAUACUCUGGAUGACUACAGCAAUGGCAUACAGUGCAUUCAGAAAGUAUUCAGACCCCUUGACUUUUUCCAUUGUUACGCUAGCCUUUUUCUAAAAUGUAUUAAAAUUGUUUUUCCACCCCUCAAUCUAAACACAACACCCCAUAAUGACAAAUCAAAAAACAGGUAUUGACAUUAUUGCAAAUUUAUAAAAAUAGGGAAAUAUGACAUUUACAUAACGAUUCAGACCCUUUACUCAGUACUUUGUUGAAGCACCUUUAGCAGCGAUUACAGCCUCGAGUCUUCUUUGAUAUAACGUUACAAGCUUGGCACACCUGUAUUUGGGGAGUUUCUUCCAUUCUUAUCUGCAGAUCCUCUCAAGUUGUGUCAGGUUGGAUGGGGAGUGUUGCGGCACAGCUAUUUUCAGGUCUCCAGAGAUGUUCGAUCAGGUUCAAGUCCGGGCUGCUCAAUGACGUCCAGAGACUUGUUCCAAAUCCACUCCUACGUUGUCUUGGCUGUGUGCGUAGAGUCAUUUUCCUGUUGGAAUGUGAACCUUCGUCCCAGUCUGACGUCCUGAGCGCUUUUGAGCAGGUUUUCAUCAAGGAUCUUUAUAACUUUGCUCCAGUCAUCUUUCCCUCGAUCCUGACUCGUCUCCCAGUCCCUGCCUCUGAAAAACAUCCCCACUGCAUGAUGCGGUGUCGUGGAAAUUCAUGUAUACUGAGAGAGAUUUGGACAAUUAUUCAAACAAUCAAUCUUUAACAUUGAUUCAUUAUUGCAAUAAUGAAGCUGGUCGACAGCACACUCUGAAGUGUGUGUUGUAUAGCGCUUAACCUUCCAGAGGAAUCCUGGUUCUUAUAUAGCCGACACUAAAAUGCUUAGUCAUGGCUGGUUCCACCCCUCCCAUGCAGAUCAGGAGACUCAGACACUUUGGGUUCAUCUUGUGAUUAUCUGCACCUGGUGCCGUUUUAACCCACAACCCAGCUUUGUUUCUAAUCAUCCUUGUAUUUGGGCAACUAUGAGGGAUUUUGUUCUACUCCUCCAGGCUCUCUCUGUUACACCCUACACAUCUUGUCUAUGGAAUGCAGUCUUUAGGUUUUAUCACCAAGUCAACGGUAAUCUCAAGCUCUCUCUAGUUACCAUACGCUUAUAUUAGCUGCAGGGAGCUAGAGUGUAGACCAUAAAAACAUAUCAUUAGAACAGAAAUGUCCCACUCUUUCAAAUAUAUAAUUGUUAAAUAUCAAACAAAUCAUGUAAACAUGUAAUUUCUCACAGCUGCCACCACGCUUCACCGUAGGGAUGGUGCCUGGUUUCCACCAGACAAAGAGUUCAAUAUCGGUGUCCUUUAGGUGCCUUUUGGCAAACUCCAAGCGGGCUGUCAUAUGCCUUUUACUAAAGGAGUGGUUUCCAUCUGGCCACUAUCAUAAAAAGGCCUGAUUGGUGGUGUGCUGCAGAGAUGGGAGAACCUUUCCAGAAGGACAACCAUCUCCACCGAGGAACUCUGGAGCUCUGUUAGUGACCAUCGGGUUCUUGGUCACCUCCCUGACCAAGGCCCUUCUCCCCCGAUUGUUCAGUUUGGCUUAUAUAUAGACAGGUGUGUGGCUUUCCAUUUGAAUUCACCACAGGUGGACUCCAAGUUGUAGUAACAUCAAGGAUGAUCAAUGGAAACAGGAUGCACCUGAGCUCAAUUUUAAGUCUCAUAGCUUUGUCAUUGUGUGUAGAUUGAAGUACAUUUGUAUUUAAUCCAUUUUAGAUUAAGGCUGUCAUGAAACCAAAUGUAUAAAAAGUGAAGGGGUCUGAAUACUUUCCAAAUGCAUUGUACCAGGUUGUUGCUGUAUGAACCUUAUACCCUGGAUGACUACACCAGUACAACAUACUCAAUAUGAGCAGAAUGAAAAGACAUGUCCCUAAGGGAGAGGCUAUACAGACACGCUGGUGCCCAAAUUGAUGACUUGUCUCGCAGCAAGAGCAGUGGCGACAAACAUUUGGUUCAGUCUGAAACCUGGUCUCAGACUAGAUGUAACAUAGUAAAUGAAAAUCCGAGACAGUAUGAUAAGUAAAGACAAAUGGCAAAAACAAAAAGUACGGUAGUUAUAUCGCAAAUGUCUACCAACCCAAAGGCUGAGUUUGAAUCAGUUGCUAAUUAGCAAAAAUUUGUCUAACUGAUUUACUACAUUUCAUGUUAGGUUAAAGAGUUAGUGAAUCCUUCCCAUAACUCCUGAACUUAGCCAUCUAGCUAGAGUUUCAUACGUUUUGCAAAUUCAUCACAUACAGUACGUUUGAGCAAAUUAUUAACUUAAGAAUUGAAAUUCGUAACAUAUACGAAAUUGGUAAUGGACAUUCAAACAUAACAUAUACUAAAAUGCAGUGUCUCGGCUUUACAUACAGAAUAAUUAGAAAUUCUCUGACCACAGCUCAGCAGCAGCUAGUCGUCCUGAGCCCUUCAGCUAGUUUAAUGAUUGUGGCUAGUAACUCAAGCUAGAAUUUGAAACUUGUCUGACUAAGUUAGGACUUGGGAGUUUUCAGAAGCAUCCAGUUAAAUCGGAGUAAUAGUUUAUUUAAUAAAAACAUUUGAACGUUAGAUGUUCACUACAAUAAAAAUGCUUUAGUGUAGCCAAUCAGGCCAGGGUGACUGCUAUCUAGUGAGCAGUGUAGGUAGACUGUUUCACGGUAACAUCCAGAUGGUUACGACGAAUAUUACAAGUUCAUUCUCAUGUAGGCUGCCAUCCUCCUCAAAAUAAAAUCAAGUGUGAGGAAACAAAAAUUGGAGAUCGUGACCAAAACAAGUUAUUUCUCCCUCGUCCAUUGACAAAACAGCACAUUUGUUUACAAGGGCUUAUCAGGACGACUGAACCAAACCCAUGUCUCUACACUCGACUCUCAGCUGUGUGACAUACAGUGCAAUGCAAAAUAAUUCACCCCUUUGGUGUUUUUCCUAUUUUGUUGCAUUACGACCUGUAAUUUAAAUGGAUUUUUAUUUGGAUUUCAUGUAAUGGACAUACACAAAAAUAGUCCAAAUUGGCAAAGUGAAAAAAAUGUACUUGUUUUAAAAAUGUUAAAAUAAAUAAAUAAAAAAAUCUGCAGAAAAGUGGUGCAUGCAUAUGUAUUCACCCCCUUUGCUAUGAAUCCCCUAAAUAAGAUAUGGUGCAACCAAUUACCUUCAGAAGUCACAUAAUUAAAUAAAGUCCACCUGUGUGCAAUCUAAGUGUCACAUGAUCUCAGUAUACACACAUUCUGAAAAUCCCCAGUCUGCAACACCACUAAACAAGGGGCAUCACCAAGCAGGCAGCACCAUGAACAACAAGGAGCUCUCCAAACAGGUCAGGGAGAAAGUUGUGGAGAAGUACAGAUCAGGGUUGGGUUAUAAAAAAAAUAUUCUAAACAUCUCACAGAGCACCAUUGAAUUCAUUAUUAAAAAAGGGAAAUAAUAUGGCACCACAACAAACCUGCCAAGAGAGGGCCUCCCACCAAAACUCACAGACCAGAUAAGGAGGGCAUUAAUCAGAGGCAACAAACGAGACCAAAGAGAACCCUGAAGGACCUGCAAAGCUCCACAGCGGAGAUUGGAAUAUCUGUCCAUAGGAGCACUUUAGCUGGGAAGAGUGGCAAGAAAAAAAGCAUCUGGGACAGUGACUCAAGUUCACGCUCAAGUUCUGUUAGUUGUAUUUCUUGUUUGUUUCACAAUAAAUAAUAAAAAAAGGCAUGUGUAAAUCAAAUGAGACAAACAAAUAAAUCUUAAUUCCAGAUUGUAAUGCAACAAAAUAGGAAAAAUGGCCGGGGUGAAUACUUUCACAAGGUACUGUACAUCCAUUUGGGAACUAGGCCUCUCCCUAAUGUCAUCAAUGUGACAUACCUCAGUAGAAAGAAAUUCUGCAUCACAAAUGGAGCCAGGCGUUUGCAGCCCCUCAAGUUUAAUAUGAACUUUGUUCCAAACGAUGGAGUACCUUAAUUUUUGCAUGUGUGCUGAUUUUUCACCAAGAUUCAACUGUCCCAUUUUAGUGGAGUCAUGGUACCAUUCCGGGUCUACAUUUGUCUAAAAACAAGUGUUGAUGAAGAUUAGACAUUUAAGGGGUCAUAUGUUCAUGUCAAACAAUGCAUUAUAACUGCAAAGGUCAGUUUGCUCUUUGGCAGAAAGAGAGCAAACUCUAAAUGUUUAGGCAGACCCAGGCAUUACCUUACUGCAGUUACAUAACAGUGAGUCUUUGAAAUGGCAUCCUAUUCCCUAUAUAUAGUGCACUACUUUUGACCACAGCCCUAUAAGCCCUGGUCAAAAAAGUAGUGCACCACACACACACUAGUGAAUAGGGUGCAGUUUAGACAGUCAGAAAACAAAACAAAAAUUCCUCUACUCAAUCACUACUCCACUUCUAUACAUGUUGAUUGUAGAUUGAAUUCUACAAUGCUGUUUGGCCAGCAGUACCUCAGUAGCUUCUCAGGCCAAAGAAGAGUAUUCCAUUUGUUAAAUGAUGCAUGGAGAUUGUUUUGUUCUUUAAGAGAGCGGUCUUGCUCUCAGUGGUGAUUGUGCAACAUAAUUCAAAAAUAAACUUUUUUUUUAAAGGACA